GUGGAUGGGGUCUAAUCCAUCGUAUUCGCCGUUUUUCUGAUAUAAUGAAAACUGUAAGUUUUGCAUAGUUUCGUGAUAUUUACCCAUGAAUCGACUACGCUCCAUCCAAUCUUUGAUUUUUUGUGCUCCAGUACAUUAUUUAACAGUGAUAUCGGAUGAGUGUGUUUGUAUGAAAUGCGAAAAUCUUAAGAAGAUACGUACGGAUAAUCAUUACUGUGCACAUGAGACGAAAAUUCAACGGAUAGGAUAAUAACCGCAUCUCACUGUUGCGAUUGAAAAAUCAUCAAAAUGACUGUAGAAUCGGCCAAUGAUAUCUUCAGUGGACAUCGCGCUCUGGGGCUGGUUUGUAACUCGCUACCGUUCGCAAUCACAUUCCAAAAGAAGCGCGGUGAAUACCUUAUAUUUACUGCUGUUGGAAGACACUUUCAUUGUUAUGGGGGUACCCGCUUAAAUCUAUUGUCCGUUUCCCCUGUACAUAAUGAUGAACUCACGGCUAUAGCAUGCGACUCGCGCAGGGUUUAUUCAGCUGCCGGUGGUAACAUUUAUUCGUGGAGACGAGGCAUUGAACUGAAACUAGCGUUCACAGGCGAACAUUCGGGGCGAGUUAAGUUCUUACUGCCAUUCAGUGACCAUUUAAUUUCCGCCGAUGAAGGCGGUAAAGUUGUCAUCUGGUAUAAAGAAGAUGCCACGGUUUACACCACGAUUGAUUUGUCGUCUUUUGAGGGUCUCACGGCGCUGGUACAUCCCAAUACAUAUAUCAACAAGAUUCUGUUUGCUUCAGCUAAAGGACGGAUGCAGCUUUGGAAUAUUGCCUCAAAUAAAGUUAUAUAUGAAUUCACGAAGUUUAUUGGUGAACAGAUUACAUGCAUUGAGCAGUCACCGGCCAUAGAUGUCGUUGCUGUGGGACUUGCGUCGGGUCGAGUAAUCCUGCACAAUCUGAGGCUCGAUGAACACCUUAUAGAAUUCACGCAAGAUUGGGGAGCCAUCACAGCGAUCUCAUUCAGGACAAAUGGACCGGCGCAUAUGGCCACUGCUUCACCAUCGGGACAGUUAGUUCUAUGGGAUCUCGAAGAACAAAAACUUCACUCGCAGUUACCCGAAGCUCAUGGGGGUCGUGUUAGCAAGUUACAUUUUCUCGUACACGAGCCCCUCCUUAUCUCUGGUGGGGCAGACAAUGCUCUUAAAAUGUGGAUAUUUGACAUGUCCGAUGGCGGGGGGCGACUACUUAAAGUGCGGGAGGGAAACGCUCAUCCACCGCGUCGUCUUCGUUUUUACGACUCUGCGGGAAAACAAAUUCUCUCCGGAGGGGGCGAUGCAACCCUUAAAUCGUUCUCCACCAUUCAUGAUGCUUAUAAUCGAAAUUUCGGUAGAGCUACUUAUAACAAAAGAUCGCUGAAGCGGGCAAAGACCCAUGAACACAAAGAGGCGCUUACAUUUCCUCCCGUAACGGAAAUUGCUUCUGAAGUGACUCGCGAGAAGCAGUGGGACUCCGUGGUAACAGUACAUGACCGAAUGCGUCUAGUCCAGACGUGGUCAGCAGACAAGGGUACACUUGGUCAACAUAAACUGCUCCAUGAACGGUUUUUAAAAGAUCGACGCUUUCAUUCUGCAGUCGCUACGUGCGUUGCAAUGACGUUCUGUGGCAAUUUUGCUCUCGUGGGGUAUAGUUCAGGUCAUAUAGAUCGUUUCAAUGUGCAGAGUGGACAACAUCGUGAGGAGUAUGGACCACGCGGCCUAGCACACCACGGGCAGGUUCGUUUUGUCGCGUCAGAUGCGCUAAAUCAAUUUGUGAUCUCUGCGGGUGUGGAUGCUGUUGUAAAUUUUUGGAAAUUUAAAAAGCUCAUUACGAAACCCGUUGCUUCGAUUCUGCUUGAUGUUGCCUGUUCUAUGGGCGUGCUUCACAGGGAAAGUGGUAUGCUAGCUUUAGCAUUGGACGAUUUUUCGGCCGUUAUUGUGGAUUUAUCGGUAAAGCGAUUAGUCCGAAAGUUCUCUACUGUUCGAGCGCCAGUGUCGGAUCUCGCUUUCAGCCCAGAUGGGCGUUGGUUAAUCGGCGCUUCGUUUGAUGCCGUUGUGCGCACCUGGGACUUACCAACAGGAACUUUGAUAUCUGCAUUUCGAACACCGUCCCCCGUUAUUUCGUUAUGUUUCUCGCCUGUCGGCGAUUUCUUGGCCACAGCUCUGGCCGAUAACGUAGGAAUCUAUCUCUGGGCCAACACAACACUGUACGAUGCCAUUAAGAUGCGCCCUCUUCGACCGGAUUUUAUCCCCAAAGAACAGGCAAAGCUACCUUCGGUCCGAGUGGAUAAGGCGAUCGAGGAUGAGAAUGAUGAAGAUGAACCUGAUGAGAACGUAGUUAGUGACGAUGAAAUGGUAAUGACGCUCGAUGAAACAGCAACGGAAGUGCGUGGAGCUAAGGAGAACGCCGAUCUGAUCCUUCUUAGCGACCAUCCAGUGUCUCGAUGGGCUAAUCUGCUUUCAAUGGAUGUCAUUCGCCAGAGGAACAAGCCACGCGAGCCGCCCAACAAACCACAAGCUGCUCCAUUCUUCUUACCAACGAUUCAAGGUCUCGAAUUUAAAUUUGACCUUGACAAAGGCAAUAACGCAGAGGAUCAGUCGAAGGUGAUCACCACACAGGCAACUACGACAUACUCAGCGUUUGCAAACCUGCUUUUGCGUUGUGCAGAAACAGAAAGUUAUGCUUCAGUGAUGGAGAAACUGAAGCAAUUAGGUCCGUCAGCUAUUGAAAUGGAAGUGCGCUUGUUGACACCAGAUAAUGGAGGUUCGAUUGAGUUAAUGGCGGCGUUUGUCGACGCCAUGGGAGCUGCGCUGCAUAGAAGAAAAGACUUCGAGCUAGUGAACGCGUAUCUCGCACUUUUCAUGAAGUUGCACGGCAAUUCUGUUGUUGAUGAAGACGAAAUUUGCGAACGUCUGCAACACGUCAGUGUCGUUCAGGAAGAGUCGUGGAAGGCCGUUAGCAAACUUUUCUCUCAGAAUCUCUGUAUUGUCAACUACCUACGUAGCGCUGUACUUUAACAAUUCUACUCAUGUUACACAUACCCACGUUUACUGAUAAGAUUUCCGUGUUGCUAGACACGGAUAACACGUGAACAUGUUAGUUUUAGUUAGCAAGCAUUCUUGGUGUAAUGACUAAAUUAACGAGUAUGUGUAUUUGUGUGACAUACAACUAGCGAAAGAAGCCAUUGUUGUAGUUCUUGAGCGCUGUACAAUAAGAAAACCAAUUAUAUAUUAGAGUAGAUGCUGAAGCCCAGUUUGAAACGUAAAAAGUGGACUAAAAUGCGUGAGAGACAGGUAUGUAAAAUGUGUUGUUUGAAAUAAAAAAAUAUAUAUAGGU